GCAACUCUGGCCCCGCCCCGCGAUGGCGCCUGAGGACCACGAGGGGGCCACGUCUCUGCUGCAGAGUUUCGAGCGCCGCUUCCUGGCGGCUCGCGCGCUGCCCUCCUUUCCCUGGCAGAGCCUAGAAGAAAAACUAAAGGACCCUUCAGGUUCUGAGCUGUUGCUGGCUAUUCUGCAGAAGACUGUGAAGCACCCUGUGUGUGUGCAGCAUGGACCAUCUGUGAAGUAUGCCCGCUGCUUUCUCUCAAAGCUCAUCAAAAAGCAUGAGGCUGUACCCACGGAGCCUUUGGAUGCACUGUACGAGGCAUUGGCAGAGGUUCUGAUGGCCAAAGAGUCCACCCAGUGCCACCGGAGCUAUUUGCUGCCUUCAGGAAAUUCAGUCACCCUCUCUGAGAGCACUGCCAUUGUGUCCCAUGGCACCACAGGCUUGGUUACAUGGGACGCUGCUCUCUACCUGGCAGAAUGGGCCAUCGAGAACCCAGCAGUCUUCACCAACAGGACUAUCCUGGAGCUAGGCAGCGGAGCUGGCCUCACAGGGCUGGCCAUUUGCAAGGCAUGCUACCCCAGAGCGUACGUCUUCAGCGACUGUCAUGCCCAAGUGCUUGAGCAGCUCCGUGGAAAUGUUCUCCUCAACGGCUUCUCCUUAGACCCGCACACUCCCAUUGAUGCAGGCAGCCCGAAGGUGACAGUAGCCCAGCUGGACUGGGACGAGGUGACAGCCUCUCAGCUCUCUGCCUUCCAGGCGGACGUUGUCAUUGCAGCAGAUGUGCUGUACUGCUGGGAGGUGACACUGUCACUGGUCAGGGUCCUGAAGAUGCUCGCCCACUGCCAGAGGAAGAACACUGCUGACUUCUAUGUGGCCUAUACUAUCCGCAGCCAGGACACAGGCAAGCUGUUCAUCACAGAGCUGGACCGUGCCGGGUUCUCCUGGGAAGAGGUACCCCCUCACACUGGCAAACUGUUCCCUUAUGAAGAGCAGUCAACCAUCGUAAUCCUGAAGAUCAUGCUGACUGCUCGCCAUGGUGUUUGAAGGUGACUUGAAAAAUGAGAUCACUGUCAUGGGAAAGCUGAAAAGGCUUCUGUUAGGACUGUUAAGGAACAGACCACAGAUGUACAGUAAGCACAGGCUAAGCACUGGUGCCCGCCCUCAGCCGCUCAUCUGCAGUGGAAGCGUCUCCAUUAUACAAAUAAAUAUACAAAUUUAUUAAGUAUUACUGUCCUGUCAGACAGCUCAGCCUUGCUCAGCCAAGCCUAUGAGCACAGGAUAUCCCAGAGCUCACAGCUGCCCAGCAGAACCAGAACUCAAGGUAUGUGACGAGUCCAGCAGGAAUAAGAGUGCUCAGUACAGAAGAGCUUCUCGGCUGCCAGAUCACUCUUCCUGUCACCCACUGCUGUCCUCAGGCUUCUGACCACUAGGGGGCACUCAAAAGCCCUGGCAGGACGGGUAGCCACAGGAUGGAUGGGGCCCUGUCCUCUGGGCCUGAAGGUCAUUUGUGAGUGACCAAAGGGAGUACAGUCUGCUGCCAGCUCUCAUCCCAACGCAGCUGCUCUGACUCCUGGAGUUUCUUCCGGAACUGGCUUAGCUUUCCAGCAGGGUCAGGAAACUUUGAGAAAAGCAUCUAGAGGAAAAGGAAAAUUGGAACUUAGCUCCCUGCACCAGGCCAGGUCCAUCUUGCUCAUGUCCAGCAGUGCCCCUCCCCUCACUUAGUGGAUCCAUCUGCUCACCCACAUCCCUGCCCUGGAGAAUGGCCAGCCUCCACCUGCUACCCUCUCCCCUUCCCCUCCCAUCCUUAGCAUAUCCCUACAGAUGUAGUUAAGAUGGAAGCCUUUAAUGUGUCUAUCAGGGACUAGAAAACUGCAGCCUUCAGGUUGGGUCCUGCCCACCUGGCUUUGUAAAUAAAGUUUUAUUGGAACUCAGA